GGAUCUUUGCUUCCCUCGCUCCCUCUCCGAGUCCACUUCGGACUUUACCCUUGCCUUCCCUGAGCUCACUUCGAGCUCACUUCUUCUUUUGCCGUUGAGUCCCCUCCGGACCCUAACACGGCCCUGGGCAACUCCUACGGGGAACAUCAAGUUGGAAUGUGCUACCUAUGGGGCAACUGUGUGGACCGAGACCACGUCGAAGCAUUCCAAUGGUUCCACAAGUCAGCCUGGCAGGGAAACCGUAACGGCCAGUAUCGUGUUGGUAUCUGCUACUGGUAUGGCCAAGGUGUCGCAAGAGAUCAAGAGGAAGCCACCAAUUGUUUCCUCGAGUCUGCCUGACAGGGACACGAAAAUGCCAGGAAGCGAAUCAAAUGAACAUUUUGUCCGCGCGAACAAUGAAAUCAGUAUAUGAAGUAUUCAGUGUAUUUCAUCUCUGUGGUGCUCGUGGUUGGAGCCAGUC